AUGGGCUCAAAAGUGUGCAAGGCGAGGCGGUACUUCCCCGGGCCACCCAUUCAACUUAGUCCAAAUUCGGCCCCAAUGAAAGAGCUCCCAGUACCAGUCCUUCCAUUUGACCGACACGGGUUCGAAUGCAACGACCAAUCUUGCGAGCGGCUUUUGGCGCGAAUGUGGGAGUUGCAUCUUACCGCAUGUACGGAGAAUGUUCGAGGAGUUGUUGGAUCAAUACCUGCAACAUCAGCAAUUAAAUCAAAUGACAAUGAAGCGAUUCUAAAGCUAGCAGCCGCAUUAGGAUUGGGUUUUGACUGUGCGACUCCAGGGGAAAUUUAUAAAGUUCUUAAACUCGGCGUUCACCCAAAGAGCAUAAUAUUUGCGUCACCAAUCAAAAUGCCUGAAUGGAUGGCUUAUGCUAAGAAAUCUGGGAUUACUCAUACAGUGUUUGAUUCAUCUUCGGAAUUGAAAAGAAUCAAGCAAAAUUGGCCGGAUGCAAGGACCCUUAUCAGAAUAAGAGUGGACAGUGAAAGCGUUUACCAAUUAGGCGAAAAAUUUGGUUGUGAUUUUGAAACUGAAGCCAUACCACUACUGAAUGAAGCUGCCGAAUUAAAAAUCAAGGUUGUUGGUGUCGCAUUUCAUGUGGGUAGCGUCUGCAAUUCAACAGACAGCCAUGCAGCUGGUAUCCGGAACGCCAGGUCGUUGUUCGAUUAUGAAGCCAGUCAGGGCAGAGAAAUGAAAAUAGUCGAUAUAGGCGGAGGAUUUCUGAGUGAAAAAACAAAGGAUAUUGAUAAGGUAUCCCAGCUAAUAAACACAUCAUUAGAAGAGUUUUUCCCCGACAAAAACGUGAAAAUAAUUGCGGAGCCAGGAAGAUAUGUCUGCGAUUCCUCUAUGACUUUAUAUUGCAGCAUUAAUUCUGUUAAGAGGAUUAAAAAGGAUAACGAAUAUAUAAACAUGAUAUAUUUAAAUGAUGGUAUAUAUGGAACGCUGCAAUUUGCUGAAUCUUGGCAGACCGUCAGUAAGUUUCAAAAACAAGAAAGCACAAAUACAGAAGAAGUAAGAGAAAAGACUAUCCUAUGGGGCUACAGCUUAGAUUCAACAGACCGCGUGAUGAAGGAUUUAACAGUUCUAUUACCGAGAUGCAGUCCACUUGACUGGCUGGUCUUUCCAAUCCGUGGGGCCUACUCGAUCGUCUUUUGUUCGACUUUCGGAUGUUUCCAGCAGCCCCAGAUACGGCCAGUGGUUUCAAAAGAGCUAUGGUUAAAGAUCAAGGAUAGCCGGGCAUACCAGGGAAGUGAAUUUGUUGAAAGUCCCGACAUUUCAGAACCAUUUUCAUCCUCCAUACCACCUUUCGUCACUACAACGUCUUACAUAGAAUCAACAGCUUCAUUGCCCCUGUAA